AUGCCGAUACCUCGUCGCUACUUCAAGAUCUUGCAGGCGCUCACCGCCUCGGCCAAAAGUGGUCAGCCGACCGUCAGGUGGGACGAAUUCCACGGAACUUUCAAGAACUACUUCGACUUUGAAGUGCGACGGGGGGCGAACGGCAAGCACACGUUCACCCCGCCUGUUGAUGGUGCCAACGGCCGCUGGGGCUUCGGGAGCACCAAAUUCCGGGCAUAUGAGCCGAACGACAAAGAAUUUUCUCCGCGCGAGAUGAUGGACCUCAGGAAGACCUUGAAGGCGGCCUACGGCUGGGGCCCGGACACCUUCUCGCGUCGGUGA